UCUCUUCUCCCUUCCCGUCAUUCUCUUCUGCCCCCUCUCAGUUCUGGGAGGUGAUCAGCGAUGAGCAUGGCAUUGACCCCACUGGCACAUACCAUGGCGACAGUGACCUGCAGCUGGACCGGAUCAACGUGUACUAUAACGAAGCCUCAGGUGGAAAGUAUGUGCCCAGAGCCAUCCUGGUCGACCUGGAGCCUGGCACCAUGGAUUCCGUCAGGUCCGGACCCUUUGGGCAGAUCUUCAGACCCGACAACUUUGUGUUUGGUCAAAGUGGUGCCGGAAAUAACUGGGCCAAAGGCCACUACACAGAGGGUGCUGAGCUGGUGGACUCCGUGCUGGACGUGGUGAGGAAGGAGGCCGAGAGCUGCGACUGCCUUCAGGGCUUCCAGCUCACACACUCCCUGGGAGGCGGCACCGGCUCUGGCAUGGGCACCCUGCUCAUCAGCAAGAUCCGCGAGGAGUACCCCGACCGCAUCAUGAACACCUUCAGUGUGGUGCCUUCUCCUAAGGUGUCAGACACUGUGGUGGAGCCCUACAACGCUACCCUGUCCGUCCACCAGCUAGUGGAGAACACCGAUGAGACCUUCUGCAUCGACAACGAGGCGCUUUACGACAUCUGCUUCCGCACACUCAAGCUGAGCACGCCCACGUACGGUGACCUCAACCACUUGGUCUCGGCCACCAUGAGCGGAGUCACCACCUGCCUGCGCUUCCCUGGCCAGCUCAACGCCGACCUCCGCAAGCUGGCCGUCAACAUGGUGCCAUUCCCCCGUCUGCACUUCUUCAUGCCAGGCUUCGCCCCGCUCACCAGCAGAGGGAGCCAGCAGUACCGCGCCCUCACCGUGCCUGAGCUGACCCAGCAGGUGUUCGACGCCAAGAACAUGAUGGCCGCCUGCGACCCACGCCACGGACGCUACCUCACUGUGGCCGCAAUCUUCCGCGGGCGCAUGUCCAUGAAGGAGGUGGACGAGCAGAUGCUCAAUGUCCAGAACAAGAACAGCAGCUACUUUGUGGAAUGGAUCCCCAACAAUGUGAAGACCGCCGUGUGCGAUAUCCCACCUCGAGGCCUCAAGAUGGCCGUCACCUUCAUCGGCAACAGCACCGCCAUCCAGGAGCUCUUCAAACGCAUCUCCGAGCAGUUCACCGCCAUGUUCCGCCGCAAGGCUUUCCUGCAUUGGUACACGGGCGAGGGCAUGGACGAGAUGGAGUUCACCGAGGCGGAGAGCAACAUGAACGACCUGGUGUCCGAGUACCAGCAGUACCAGGACGCCACUGCAGAGGAGGAGGGCGAGUUUGAGGAGGAUGUGGAGGAGGAUGCCUAGACGUAUUACAAAAUAAUACAUAAAAUGGGGUGGGAAGGUGGGAAGGGGGGAAGGAAGACGAGACAAAAGAAAAUAAGAGAGAAAAGGAAAAAGACGUCAGAAUUGGUUUAAAUUAUUUGGGAAAAUUGAACUGAAUUGAUGUGAGCCAAAAAUGCCAACCUUAGUUUUGGACGAGAGCAACGAAUGACACUAGAAUGUGAUCAAGAACGUUUGAAUGAAUGUAAGAUGGAAAUAGGUAAAGAACAGAGAAAAGUGCAAAACUCAAGACCAGAAUAAAAGAUGGCUCUGUGUAAUCACCCUGUGUAACUAAUGCCUGUAUUUGAACAAAGGAUUGUAGGGAGAGAGACAGAAGAGAAGAAAGAAAUGUCAUUAACCUCCAUUUUAUUACUCCUGUGGUUCUUAUGCUUUUUAACUUUUUUUUUUUUUACCUUUUUGCUUUUUCUAUAUUUCUAAAUGUACUAUCAGUGACUUAGUAUGAAGGUCAGAGGUGAUGGUCAGUCAGGCCAUCCCAUCACCUCAUAUAUCCCUGGACCUUGGGUCCAAUAACAUCUCAGCACACCAACAAACAUGAACAUGACACUGAGAUUUACAAAGGGCCGGAAGGAGGGCUGCCGCCAUUGGCGGUAUUAAACAGCACAAGAACUGAUAUAGAAAGCCAUCAAAAUAUAAGCCAGAGCCUUGAUAAUGGACUUGAACCAAAGAAGCCGUUCAAGGACGAUGGAGGUUGUGCUGAGUCAUAACGAGGUUGUCAGAUGUUCUCUGAGUUUUUGCAAAGUGCCCUGUCUGACUCGGACGCCAGCCAACGUCUGGAGCCAUAGUGCACCUUGGCACAGUGAAACUGACAACCAUAAAAACAGUCCUGCGGCUUGUCUUUGUAUAGUCUGCAAUAACAUCCUGUCAAAUGAGAAUAAUAAGUAAGGUAACUAUAAAUGGUUCAACUACCAAAAAUAAAUCAUGGAUUUGUGUGCAGGGAAAGGGUUAUAUGGUUACACCACAAAGUUGUGAUGUGGUGAGCAUGUACUUCAUGUACCUGUCAAAGUCGAACUCACCAGAAGCACCUUGCUCUUGAUAGUGCAGAAAUGUCAAACCUAUUUCUCUCUUUCUGUUUUUUUCUUCUUUUAAAAAUUAAAAAAUAUCUGUUUACAUUCUUUGAAAACUCAUGUGAAAGGAACACAAAUAAAAAAAACCUUUUUAUAAAAA